CUUGUUCCUCUCACAUGUCAUCUGUCAAAUCUAAGCACGAAAGGCGAAGCGCCACCAUCAUCGUUCGGUCUUGUAAAAAAGCGAAAGUUGCAGACGCGUCUUCGUCGGUGGAGAAAAUUAGGGAUUUAGUGUUCAUAUAAUGGCCGAUUCCGAUGAUGAGUACGACCGGAAGCGCCGGGACAAGUUCCGCGGUGAACGCAGCGCCGGUGAAAGCUACGCUCGGGGUGCCGAUCGAUCGGAUCGCUCCCGCGGUAGGGACGAGUGGCCGGAACGCGGCAGACCUCGGCAGGAUUAUCGUGACUAUCGGCCACCGCCCCGGGAUCGGGGCUAUUCGCCGUCCCGCGAAGGGCCACCCAUGAAGCGGAUGCGCGCCGAUGGAUGGGGUGACGACGCUCGGCCCCGUUUUGGAGGGCAUGAUUCCUACGGUAUGUACGGCGGGUACAACCACGACCAUUUCGGAAUGCAUCCGGCGGGUCCGUACGGCCAUCAAGGUGGUAUGCACCCGCGGGAGCAGCAGUCCGCCGGCGAUAUGCAAACGCAACCCUGCAUGAUGACGCUGAAGCAGUUCCUGGCCUCGCAGGACGAUUCCAUUUCGGACUCGGAGGCCAUCCAGAAGUACAACGACUACAAGCUGGAGUUCAAGCGGCAACAGCUGAACGAGUUCUUUGUGGCCCACAAGGACGAGGAAUGGUUCAAGAUGAAAUACCAUCCGGAAGAAUCAUUGAAGCGAAAAGACGAACAACUCGGUUUUUUGAAGCGUCGCUGCGAUGUAUUCGUGGAAUUGCUUGACAACGGCGACAUCUCCAAGGUCUCAGUUGACACCACCAAUGUAGACCCACUGCUUCGCCUACUGGACACCGUGGUCAUCAAACUGGAAGGUGGAACCGACGAAGAUCUCAAGGUGCUGGACGAAAAGCCGGUCGAAAUUGUAAAAAUCAUACCGGAAAAGCCCAAGGUUGAGGUGAAGAAGGAACCAUCGCUGGAGGACACCAUCAAGAAGGAAAAGAUUAGUAUCAAGGAGGAGAAGGUCGACGACGUUGACAAGCCCAAGGAGGAGAAGGAUGACGACAAGGAAAAGCCUUCGGAUGACGGUGAACCGGAGCGUCAGGAGCAGGAUCCGGAAAAGGAACCGGCUGCCGAACGCGAUGAAGUUGAACCGGAGCCAACGAAGGAACCCGAGCCAGAGGAAGAACCGACCAGGAAAAAGGAUCGUAGGAAGCGAAGCCGAUCUGAUUCCGCAAGCAGUUCGUCUUCUUCGUCAUCAUCUAGCUCAAGUGACUCGGAAGAUGAGAAGGAAAAAGAGAAAGAAGAUGAAGAGAAGAAAGGUGAUGAAGAAACUGCACCACAGAGUCCGAAACCAGUCGAACAAGAUAAGGAACCCCUUGAGGAGGUUGAAAAUAAUGGACACAAAAGUGGCGACGAAGAAGAGGAAGCCAAGCAGGACGAGCAGGCGGAGCCGGAGAAAAUGGAUACUGAUGAACCGACCGUUGAGAACAACAAAGAAGGUGAAGAAGCCGAGAAGGAUAAGGACAUCAACGAUGAAUCGACGAACAAAGAAGAUGACGUUGACAAGGAUGAAACCGAAGGAACGGAAACAAUUGAUCUGGUGAAGGAUAGUAGCGUUGGAACCAGUCCGCGGGCUUUGCAUCGCACCAGCUCAAUCUUUUUGCGUAACCUUGCACCUUCUAUAACGAAGGUGGAAGUUGAAUCCAUGUGCAAGCGUUACAACGGUUUCCUCCGUGUGGCAAUCGCCGAUCCGCUGCUGGAAAGAAGGUGGUUCCGUCGGGGAUGGGUUACCUUCCGCCGCGAUGUCAACAUCAAAGAGAUAUGCUGGAACCUCAACAACAUUCGUCUGAGGGAUUGCGAAUUGGGAGCGAUCGUUAACAAGGACCUGAGUCGAAGAGUACGUCCAGUAAACGGCAUCACCUGUCACAAGACGAUUGUGCGUAGCGACAUCAAGCUAUGUGCGAAGAUCGCUCACAAUCUGGAUGACAAGGCAGGCCUCUGGAAGGAUCUGGAAGACAACGGGGAGAAAAAUGGAGAAUCAUUCGGAUUGCAAUCGAAAAAUCCCGUACUACAAAACAUCACUGACUAUCUCAUUGAAGAGGCUUCGGCGGAAGAAGACGAACUGCUGGGACUUUCAACGGAAGCCGCCAAGAAGACCAAUGAAGGAGAACUGGUCGAACGUGACUCGCAGCUUAUAGAAGUUCUGGACAAAUUAAUCUUUUAUCUACGCGUUGUUCACUCAGUUGAUUUCUACAAUCACUGCGAGUAUCCCUAUGAAGACGAAAUGCCCAACAGGUGCGGUAUUAUCCAUGCACGAGGCCCCGCUCCUCAGAACAAGGUUACGGGCAACGAAAUACAGGAAUACGUUCGAACAUUCGAGGGCAAGAUGGGAUCGUUCUUGGCCCGUGCCGUCGACCUCGAGGAAGAGGAAAUGAAGAAACUCGGCUCCAAGGAUGCCGAAGCAGAAGUGGAAAAGUUUAUUCAAGCGAACACGCAGGAACUGGCCAAGGACAAGUGGCUCUGUCCGCUUUCCGGUAAGAAAUUCAAGGGUCCGGACUUUGUCCGUAAGCACAUCUUCAACAAGCACAACGAAAAGGUCGAUGAAGUGCGUAAAGAGGUCGAAUACUUCAACAACUAUUUGAAGGACGCCAAGCGGCCACAGUUACCUGAACACCCGGGUAAUAUUAAGAAGGCCCCCUCCGAGGCAGCACCGCCAUCAGUUGGGUAUCGCCCACCGUACGCAAUGGCUCACCCCUACGCUCCGAUGUACGCACCUUAUGCGCAACCGAUGAUGGCUCCGGCCGGUCGCGGUAGGCCCGGUUAUGGUCGUGGGGGAAGAAUUCAAGACGCUCGACGGAACAUACAGAAUCGUUUGAGAGAACCAAUGGGAGAUAUUCGACGGCCAAUUAUAGCGUACAGCGAUUUGGACAUGCCUAAUUUUAGCGAUUCUUUCCUGUAGUGUGGGAAAGGUAGGAUUAGGGCCGUAUGCCCUCCCGGCGGAGCAUAGCAAUGACAUCUUUAAUUCAUUGAUGGGCUUUAUUUAUCCAUCAAGCAAACAUUCGCCUUUUUUGAAAACUAACCUAGGCCAAAGUGAACCUAGAGAGCACUUUUAUCAACUAUGACUCCGGUUAUAUAUUAUUUACUAGAGAAAAGCUGAACAAAUAUAUUCGCUUCCUUUUGUGUAAAGCCCCGAA